CUUCAAAUAAAUGCACGAAAAGAUGCAGCAGUAGAAGUCCCAUUAAAUAAAGUAUGUUGUUGAAAGCCAAAGUGGAAAAGCAAACUUUUGAACGGCAGAAUGAAUCACUAAGCAGUGAGAAAAUCGCAAAGUGUACAGACAGUUCUACUCACAAAACUAUUUUAAACUGACAACUAACUUUUCAGUUUAAGUGUUAUGACCAGGGAAGAAGGCUACAGAGAAGAAUUUAAUUAUGACAGGAUGCCAACAUUGGAGCGUGGGAAGCAAGAUAAUGGAAAUUAUAUAUCAGAUACCAAAUCUAGUGACCUUCAGAUAUCAAAGAGACUUCAUCCUUGUUUUAGUUACAGAACAUGGAUCUUUUCUUUGUUGAUGGGGACUUGCCUUCUUGUUACUUCUGGAUUUUCACUUUAUCUGGGAAAUGUUUUUCCAUCUGAAAUGGAUUAUUUACGUUGUGCAGCAGGUUCAUGUAUUCCUUCAGCAGUUGUGAGUUUUGCUAUAGCAAGAAACAAAGUUAACGUGAUACCCAAUUUUCAGAUUCUGUUUGUUUCUACAUUUGCUGUAACAACAACGUGUUUAAUAUGGUUUGGAUGCAAACUUGUCCUUAAUCCAUCGGCAAUAAAUAUAAAUUUCAACUUGAUUCUGCUAAUUCUGCUGGAAAUCUUCAUGGCAACUACUGUGAUCAUUUCAGCUCGGUCUAAUGAAGACUGCUUCAGGAGGAAGAAAAGUACCAUAUAUGACAGCACCAGUGUUUUGAACAAUGUCAGCUUUCCUACUCGAAUUCUGAAAUCGUAUUCAGUAAUUGAGAUCAUUAUUGGAAUUUCUGCAGUUUUUGGUGGAAUCAUUGCUUUGAAUAUGGAUGUGUUAAUCUCAGGUCCAUACCUUUCAGUAACAUUUUUUUGGAUCUUAGUGGCUUGCUUUCCAAGUGCUAUUGCAAGUCAUGUAGCUGCUGAAUAUCCAAGUAAAUGCUUGGUUGAGGUCCUGAUUGCCAUAAGCAGUGUCACUUCUCCAUUGUUGUUCACAGCUUCUGGAUACUUAUCCUUCAGUAUCAUGCGAGUUAUUGACAUCUUUAAAAAUUAUCCACCAGCAGUUAAACAAUCUUAUGAUAUACUUCUAUUACUUCUGAUGCUGAUGCUGUUAAUUCAGGCAUUCCUUACCAUUGGCACUGUCAUCCAAUGUGUAAGUUACAAGACAAAAAUGAAGCUGCAUGAUUCAUCUUGGGCAAUGCCACAAAUUAAUAAACAGGAAUACCGAACAAUGGAGGUUUCCAAUAAUACCAUAAAGGAUUUUGACAAAGACAAAGCCUGGAAAGCUGUUGUGGUGCAGAUGGCUCAGUGAAGUGGAUUCAGCUAGUAGACUAUAAUACCAGAAAACAGCUGUUUGAUUUAAGUAUUCUUAACUAUAGAAGUUUGUAGACAGUGCUAUAGUUCUAGCUGUAGGGACCAGGGAAUAACAAAAUUUAUUUUUAAGAUACUUUGCCUUUCUAAUAAAUUUGAAAUAUAUAGUUGAAAUUUGUAAUGCAAUUCUAUCUUUUGUGUAAUAUUAUUUAAUAUUAGGUUGCUGAUGGUAUCUAAAUAUUUAGUGUUUUGUUCCUUUAAAAGAUCUCUUUGGAAACAAGAGAUUACUUAGGGGUUAUGGAGAUAGGAUUUUUAAAAUAAAUAUGACAAUACACAGUAGGUCUCAUUUGUUUGCAAGAGACUAAUAUAACUGCAAUUGGGCAGUCAAUAUAACUGAUAAAUGCUUUUGUAAAGUUAUGAGUACAGGUGAUAAUUGAUAUUUUUGCUUAUACUUCACUUUUGUAGGAGUUGUAAGAGAUGUUUUGCAUAUCAUUACUUUUGUAUAAAAUAAAGGUCUUUAUUCCCAAAGAGUCUAGAUGUGGAUUGAAAUCCAGUUUGGAUAGAUGAAAACCUACAAUUCUUUUAAAUAUUUUCCUGUAACAAAUUUAUGGACUGUGAAAAAGGAAUAGCAGCUCUUCUUAAUUUAUAUCAGCCUUCAUAAGUCACGAAACUAAGUGCUUGGCACAAAAUCUACUUACUCACCCUGUAACUUCAAUCAGAAUGAAAAAACAAAACAAUUAUUAUUAUGUGGGAUGACUGCAGGGCUGAAUGCCUUACUUCAUUGGAUUCUGUUUGAUCUCUUACAUAAGAAAAUGUGUCCCUCCUAAAAGUGCUUUUUCUCCUUUUCAUAUUUUAUUUUGCUAAUUAUAAAAUAAAUCAUGUUUAAAUGAAGCAUUUCUCCCUCAAAGCUCUAUCUAUUCCUUCUACUUUAUCAUACAACUAUCUCAAAGACAAGGGCUGUGUCUACACUGGCAUGAAUUUCCGGAACUGCUUAAAACGGAAUACUA